AUGUCAGAACCAACAAAGGCCCAAAUCGAUGAGAUAUUUAAAAAACUAACAGCUCAAAGAGCAAAUAAGAUGUGCUUUGAUUGCCAGGCCAAUAGUCCAUCCUGGUCAAGUGUUACAUUUGGUAUUUAUCUUUGUUUAAAUUGUUCUUCGGUACACAGAAAUCUUGGUGUUCACAUUAGUUUUGUAAGAUCAAUAUCUUUAGAUUCUUGGACAUGGGAUCAAUUAAGAAUUAUGAAGAUAGGUGGUAAUACAGCUGCAUCAGAAUAUUUUGCUAAACAUGGUAGUGGAGCUUCGUUCAAGAAUAAAGAUAUAAAUCUCAAGUAUACCUCCAAAGAGGAACUACAAUCAUCAACUUCAAAAAAAAAUGAAGAUUUAUUUUUAAUUCCUGAAAAAGAAAAAGCUGUUAAAGAAGAAAAGAUAAUUACUAGCGUCAAGUCAACCGUUGUACCUGCCGUCAAAGUAUCCACAAGUUCCAAUGGAAGCAGCAGUAGUAGUAGCAGUAGCGUUGUAAUAAAAACAACAACGUCCAGCCCACAAAAAUCCAGUAUCACUUCCAGAGGAAAAGGACCCAAGAAAUCAAAAAUGGGUUUAGGAGCAGUGAAGGUGGAAAAGAUUGACAUUGAACAGGCAGCACGAAAGGCUAAAGAAGAAGAGGAACUGGCAGCUCAGUUGGCCCAAUCUUCAAAUUAUGAAGAGGAGAUAAAUUCAACUAAAUCAGAAGAUAAAUGGUCUUAUAGUUCUCGGCUAAUGUAUAACGAUGAAGCUCAAUCACCGACAUCACAAAAUUCUAGUAGACCAAGUGAUGAUAUGGAAAGACUCGGAAUGGGGUUAACAAAGUUAGGGUUUGGAACUGUUUCAACUCAAAAUAAAAAAAAUGUCGAAGAAUCCGUCACGCCUCGAUAUGUUGGUUUUGGCUCCUCAAGUUCUAAUAAUUACAAUGAACAAAGUCAAGAUGAUUACAAUAAAUCAACCGAUGGUGAUUAUGCACGACAAAAAUUUGGAAAUCAAAAAUCAAUUUCCUCAGAUCAAUAUUUUGGACGGAAUCACUAUGAUCCAGAAUCAUUAUCUGCUUCGUCUGAUCGUCUGAAGUUGUUUGAGGGAGCGACGUCAAUUUCUUCAAGCCAAUAUUUUGGACGAGAGGAUGAUGAAGAAAGGUCAAGCGAAAGUUUAGAUUUAAAUGGAAUAGAAGUCAAUGCUCGUGAUUUUGCAAGAAGGUUCAUUGGUCAGGCAUCAACUGAUUACGAGACGAUAAAAACAGUUGUUGAAAGAGGCAGUGAAAAAUUAAAAGAUUACAUUUCAGACAUUCAGGUUGGAAAAUUUCUCAUUUAA